AUGCACGACCCACGCCCCCCCGUGAAGCCCGGCAAACAGGCGCUUCUCGCAUCACGAAUCGGUUCUCCGAUCCGGGACGGAGCAAGGAUUCUUCUACAGCAUUAUUCCAAGAGCUGCAAGCUUGACACGUCAAAAGACGUGGUGGUGAACACUUCUCUGAGCUUUCUGCGGCACGGAAACGGCCUGGCUGACGCUGUGGCCUUUGCUAAAGGAGAUGCCAUCGCUGUUGCUUGGACAGUGGAUGGCAGCCUCUACCUCACCAUUUGCGAGGCCUCCGCCUUCCAUUUCCUCGGUGGAGCCGCUGACGCAUGUUCGGCGCCCUUGCUGGUGGCGUCGGCGACGCAAGGAGGCGUCUUGAGCCCAGGAGGUGUGCGACUUACUGCAGCAGAGCCAGCAUCAGGAGCCUCAGGAGCUGGGCGAGGUGUUCUGCUGGCUUUCAGCACGUGGGAGGAGGAUGGCUGGGGUGUCAGCACCCGAAUUUGUGAUCUCAGUGGCUGUGGCCAGCCUUUGGACUUGCCGCGGCAAGCGAGCCAGUGGCUGCCAGAGCUGGCUUGGUGCAACGACUCUCUUUGGGCACUCUGGCUGGGAAAUGCCACCGGGCAAGGAUCCAGCAGCGGUCCUUUCCGGCGUUUCUUGGGCACUUCCCGAGCCUGGAGCGCAGCAGUUCCUGUGGACCUCCAUGCCGACAACGGCAUCAGUGCUGCCGCCACGUGCCGCGGGGAGGAGGUUGUUUCACUGUGGCUUGAGAGCGGCGGCGCAGAGGUGAGAUGGAACUACUCCAAAGCACCCGCAACCGCCGCAACUGCGAGCUUCCGGAAGCUCUCGGCCACGACAAACCGUGGGCGUCUGCUCGUCAGUGGGGCCCCCGGCUUGGGCCUCGGAAGGGUGGCCGUGGUGGCGAAGAGUGGUCUGAUGCUCCUCCUCAGCAACUCCCCGAGCGGCAAGCUGCAGGUCCAAGCGCUGGACUACGCGUCUCCUCGUGGGCCACUUCUUUACCCCAUGCACGACAUCGCCCUGGCGGCCCAGGACGUACAAGUCUCCAUGGACUGCGCAGGCUCUGACGUGGAGUGCGACGGGGCGCUGAUCUGCUGGUACUUCGGAGGCGACCUGCACACCGAGCCGAGCUCUCACUGCAGCUACCGAGGCUUGGCGUCGCUGAGAGAAGCGGAAGGCCUGGGCACCGCAGGACAGUUCAUCAUUCUUGUCCUGUUUGCUUUGCUCUCGCUGAUGUGCGUGCUGAAGCAGUGCGCCUCUCAGGGUGCCUUCGGGCGCAAUCGCGCCCUCCUGCAAGCGCGGCACGAAGCCCAGGAGGAGCUGCAACAACGUCGACAAGAGCGAGCAGCUGCCCAGGCUCGAACGCAGGAGCUCCGCACGCAGUUGGCGCAGAUCCCGCUUGUUCCGCUGGCAGGGGCGGCCCCAGGUUCAAACGAGCUGUCGUGUCACGGGAACACCGGGAACACUGCACACGGGAGCUCUACGUCGGCCUCGUCCUCUUCGGUUUGCCCCAUCUGCCAGAACGAGGUGCUCGUCCGGGUGGCCCUGCAGAGGUGUGGGCACACCGCCUGUCGGGACUGUACCACCCGACUCGUGGACCUGGCUCAGCCUUGCCACAUUUGCCGCUCUCCCAUCGAGGGCGUCCUGCCCGUCUACCUCUAG